UGGCUUUGCCCCCACCGUAACGUGAGGAAGGAAAUCUCGCGAGGUUUGGGUCCUCUGAGCGUGCAGGUCCGAGGCGGUCCGCGGAGGUUUACCUCCGGCCAGUGAUGGGGCUGAGCUCCGCUGACCCUUCCAGCCGCAUCUCCACUGAUGGUCUCUGCUGGGUCCUGAGCCUGCUCGCUGAAGAAGGUGAACAGACGAGCGGAGUCUCUUCCCUUGGGUGCGUAGGUCCCUGUUAGCAGAGGCUUUGAGUCCUAACGCCACUGUUGACGGCUGCGAGGGAUUGAGACCAGAGUAUUCCUUUAGAAAUGAGUUGCACAAUUGAGAAGGCACUUGCUGAUGCUAAAGCUCUUGUUGAAAGAUUGAGAGAUCAUGAUGAUGCAGCAGAAUCUCUGAUUGAGCAAACCACAGCUCUUAACAAGCGGGUAGAAGCAAUGAAGCAGUAUCAGGAAGAAAUUCAAGAACUUAAUGAAGUUGCAAGGCAUCGGCCACGGUCCACAUUAGUUAUGGGAAUCCAGCAAGAAAACAGACAAAUCAGAGAAUUGCAACAAGAGAACAAAGAAUUGCGUACAUCUCUGGAAGAACAUCAGUCUGCCUUGGAACUUAUAAUGAGCAAGUAUCGAGAGCAAAUGUUUAGACUGCUAAUGGCUAGCAAAAAAGAUGAUCCAGGUAUAAUAACGAAGUUAAAAGAGCAGCACUCCAAGAUUGACAUGGUACAUCGUAACAGCUCCGAAGGAUUCUUCCUUGAUGCAUCUCGACACAUCUUUGAAGCAUCUCAACAUGGACUGGAGAGGAGGCACUUGGAAGCAAAUCAGAAUGAGUUACAAGCACAUGUUGAUCAGAUAACAGAAAUGGCAGCAGUAAUGAGGAAAGCCAUUGAAAUUGAUGAGCAACAGGGCUGCAAGGAACAGGAACGAAUAUUUCAACUUGAAAACAACCAAGGCUUGAGAGAGAUCCUGCAAAUAACUCGAGAAUCAUUUCUGAACCUUAGGAAAGAUGAUGUGUCUGAAAGUUCAUCUUUGUCAGCAUUAGUGACCAAUAGUGACCUGAGUCUGAGGAAGAGCUGAAGAGCCUGUAAGUCUGUGAGCUUCCUGCAAGGCUCCAAAUGGUCACUGGGACUGGCCUACUGACAUGAAUGAAUUAACAGAAAAAUCCAUCUCAAGCAACCCUUUAUUUUUUUUCUAUAGUAUGUACAGUGCACUGGCAAUGACAUUCUUACGCUGGCAAAAAUGCAGAAUUAAUGGUUGUAGAUUUUAUUCCAAAAUAUAAUAAAAAAUAGAACUUGUUAAUUGGGGAACAAACUAAAGAUUUUUUUGAGAGACUGCUGAACCUAAUAGCAGGUACUGUUUGCUAUUCUGGCUGAUACUUGGAUAAACAUGAAUAUUCCCAAUAAAUGUUUGGGAAUUCAUAAACAUUAUCCAAAUUUUAAAAUACACAUCUUGGCACAGUUUUGUGAAUGGAAGACUGUCAUAUUAAAGUAUUUCUCCUCCCUGUUUGGUGUCAGAGUUAACAAAUAGCUUAUGUACUGUGAGAUUUCAGCUUUAAUGGUUGCAUGUCUACCUUCCCAUUACUGUAAUUUUGGUCAAAGAAAAUUCAGUUUGCAAGACUGUAGGAAUGUUUCAGAUGCACCAUAAACAAAAGUUAAUUUAAUUUAGCUGAUUUGCCAUAAUUAAAAUACUCCACUAACAAUUAUCCAUAAGUUUAAGUUAUGAAAAUAUCAUUUCAGGAAUGAAAGAGAAAAGAAUAU